UAGUGAAUCAGAGUGGCGGUCGACUCCGGGCACAUCGGGAGUAAGCCCGUUCCUUUCUGUUCUGUCUUAUUUACUUAACACCUUGUUUUUAUUAACAAAACAAAUAAAUUUAUUUUGUUGAACCCUUUAAAUAAAUUGCCACUCAGUCAGUCAAUCAAUCAGCUUCAGCAAACAGUAAAAAAUUUUAUACUUUCCAAGUUGGAAAUAAAAUCCAAGCCCGCGCUCCGUAGAAAUUUCAAAUCGAUAGUGUCGUAGCAACGAUGUUGUCCUGACCUGACAAGGACUUGUGUACAUUGCAAAAAUAUUUAUCACUAUUUUUACAACCAGAAGAUAAAGUAAUCAAGAAAAACAGUCGGAAAGUCACGGAGGAUUUGAUUGAUUUUAAAAUAAAUACGCGAGUGAAAAGUGAUUUUAUUUGAAUUCUUUAAUUUCGUUUGUUGUAAAACGUUAGGAAGAAUUAUUUAAAUAUGAAGAUGAGUAACUGGAGAACAGAAGGUAAAUUUAUCAGCAAUUGGAUGUCAUGUUGUCUUUACACGGCGGUCCUUGUGAUUGUACUGUGUACUAAAACACAAGAAGCUUUACCUGUUGUCUCUGACAAUGACGCCAUGAGAUAUUUGUCGCAAUUCGGAUACUUACCACCGGUGAACCCAACAAGCGGUGGAAUAAUUUCCGAAGACACUGUUUACAAAGCGAUCAUGGAUUUCCAAGCAUUCGCUGGCUUAAAUGUAACAGGUUCAAUGGAUAAUGACACUGCUACUAUGAUGUCUUUGCCAAGAUGUGGAGUAAAAGACAAAGUAGGAGCCAGUACUGACGGCAGAUCAAGACGUUAUGCAUUACAAGGAUCUAGAUGGCGAGUUAAAAAGCUCACAUACAAAAUAAGUAAGUAUCCAAGGUCACUUGAUAAAGCAUCAGUAGACAAAGAUAUUGCCCGAGCAUUUGCGGUCUGGUCAGAGCACACAGAUCUUACAUUUACGCAAAAAAAAACCGGACAAGUCCACAUUGACAUCAGAUUCGAACGCGGAGAGCACGGAGACGGUGAUCCAUUUGAUGGUCCAGGAGGAACACUCGCUCAUGCAUAUUUUCCAGUCUAUGGUGGUGACGCCCAUUUCGAUGACUCGGAACACUGGUCUAUCAACAGCUACCGCGGGACAAAUUUAUUCCAAGUCGCUGCUCAUGAGUUCGGUCAUUCUCUGGGUCUGAGUCACAGCGACAUUAAAUCCGCAUUGAUGGCGCCGUUCUAUCGAGGAUACGAACCAAAUUUUAUGCUCGAUGGUGAUGACGUUUAUGGGAUUCAAGCAUUGUACGGCGCUAAAGCACUGGAAGCAAGUGAUACAGAAGUACAUCAACGCACAACAUCGAGUCCGACUGGUGAAGAAGACUCAGUUUUAUGCGCAGACUCAAAAGUCGAUACCAUGUUCAAUUCCGCUGAUGGUCAUACAUUUGUAUUCAAAGGCGAUUACUACUGGAUGUUAACGGACGACGGUGUGGCCAGCGGGUAUCCUAGACUGAUAAGUAGUUCCUGGAAAGGAUUGCCAGGGAAAAUCGAUGCCGCUUUUACGUACAAGAACGGCAAAACAUAUUUCUUCAAGGGAUCUAAGUACUGGAGGUACGUAGGGAAGAGAAUUGACGGCGACUACCCGAAGGACAUCAGCGAAGGAUUCACCGGAAUACCCGACAAUAUUGACGCAGUGACCGUAUGGACGGGCAACGGAAAAAUUUACUUUUACAAAGGAACUAAAUUCUGGAGAUUCGAUCCCGCUCAACGACCCCCAGUUAAAAGUACAUAUCCGAAAUUAAUUUCUAAUUGGGAAGGAGUACCCAAUAAUGUCGACGCAGCCUUAACUUAUCACGGGUACACGUAUUUCUUCAAAGACAAUGCGUACUAUCGGUUUAACGACCGGACAUUCUCCGUCGAUGUGGCUGAACCAGCGUUCCCGAGAGCAACAGCGUUCUGGUGGUUCGGAUGUAAAUCUGCGAGUCGAGGGACACUAGGUAAUAUCGCAUGGAAAAAUAAUUACUCAAUAAAUGAUACGGAGUCUGGAAACUUGGACACUAACGCCGGCGGUUUCCUUGGCGAUGACAGUAAUCAUGAGGGUGAUGAUAUCGGUGACAUUAUUUUUGAUGCAGGAAGUACUGAUGAACUAGUAACGUCAUCGAAUCAAGACUCUGCGCAUUCAGGAACCGGUUCGAUCUUCACCGCGCGGAAUCAAUUCCUGAGGCUGGCGAUCGUCACGGCAUCACUAAUUAUCGCUAAGAGGAGUCUGAUACCAUAGGAUAUUUAUUUUUACAUCCUUAAAUAAUUGAUUAAUUCAAAAUAUAUAUAUAUAUAUAUAUAAAUCCUCUUACGAGCAAAGACUCUUGAAUUAAGUAUGAUUGUUAAAUUGCCGUUGUUGUAUUGUUAAGUUUAAUUGUAAAAAAUCUAAGCAUACGUCUAGUAAUUAUUUUACUAAUUAACAAAACAUAUAAAGAUAAAAAAAAAAUGAUGAUUGUCGAGCCUGUUACACUGCCGCCGAAUAUAUUUAUCAACAGUUUAUUUUAUUAAAAAUAAUAAAUUGACGGGUCUCAAAUACAAUAUGACGUUAAAUAAUUCAAUGUUUUAUUAAUUAAUAAAUAAAUUAAUUGAAUAAUCGUACGUUGUAUAUAAAUAUCUAUAAAAAAAAUAUUUUUAUAAAAUAAUAAUCUUAUUGGUGAAUGACAAACUGCUCUUUUGUGUUCGACGUACAUCUAAUUUUUUUUUUUAAUUGCAACUAAAUUUUUUUUUUAAUUAUUAUUAUGUUAGUUAAUGAUCAUCAAGUAUUAAUUAAUUAAUUUACCUCUAAUACGUCCAUUAUUAUUUUUUCAUAAUUGCAUAGUGAUAAUUUUAGUUAUGGAUCAUAAAUUUAGUACUUAAUAACUGUACUCCCGAUUUUUUUUUAACUUUUUUUUAAAAGAAAAAUUAUUGGAAUGAUUUUUUUUAUAUGAAUAUGGAAAAGAUGUACUACGAAAUUUAUAAGAAAUGUCUUUAACUUCAGUGCCUUUUUAAAUAAUAAGUGAUAAA